UAUUUAUUUUUCAGACAUGGGUAUCUCAGUCAAGGACGUUGAUCCACAUGAUUACACAAAGGCACUUGCUGCCUUCCUCAAGAAAUCUGGAAAAAUGAAGGUUCCAGAUUGGGCUAUCAUCGUCAAAUUAGGCAGAUUCAAGGAAUUGGCACCUUACGAUGAGGACUGGUACUAUAUCCGUGCAGCUUCAAUCUGCAGACAUUUGUACAUUAGGUCUCCAUGUGGUGUUGCCAACUUCACCAAGAUCUAUGGAGGUAGAAAAAGGAACGGUACCGCUCCUAGCCAUUUUUGCAGAAGUUCCACCAGUGUCUCCCGUAAAAUUUUACAGUCACUGGAAACUCUGAAACUUGUAGAAAAGGAUGGAAAUAACUCUGGCAGAAAGCUAACUGCUCAAGGCCGAAAAGAUUUGGACAGAAUUGCAGCCCAAGUGAAAGAAAAGCAAUCUAAAAUUUCAAAGCUGUUGUAAAAACAGUUGAAUGUAAAAAUAAAGGACUGAGAAGUGA